GAAUCAAAACACUUGCCUCUCAAGACGUCAUGUACCUGUAGUUGAACAGACAGUUGACUUCCUAUUUCAUGACCGGGCGGAAAAGAUGGACAGAAUUGAACGAUAAUUAAAAUGGUUGUGGCUAAAGGAAAAGCUGUGAAUGGAGCGACUUCGAAAGUGACCGAAAGUUUAUUUGAAGAGUUCUGUAACGCGAAUGAUUCAGUUGAAAUUUUACUAACGUUUCAUAAACUAAAAGCUUCGAUAGGGGCGGAAAAUACAGAAAAUGGCAGAGAGUUAUACGGAGCGUUGAAAUCCAAAUUGGACUCCUGGAAGUCUAAGAGUUUAUGGGAAGUUCUAGAUGCUAGAGCAAAACAUAAGGAGUAUGGUAAUCAGAAAAUUUGUGAAGAUAUACAAGUUCUUGUGAUAGGAUCUGGUCCAAUAGGCCUUCGUACAGCCAUCGAAGUGGCUUUACUUGGUGCUAAAGUUAUGAUUGUUGAGAAGCGAACUUCGUUCUCAAGAAAUAACGUUCUUCAUCUUUGGCCGUUUUUAAUUCAUGAUUUUCGUUCACUUGGAGCGAAACGUUUCUAUGGGAAAUUUUGUUCUGGUUCUUUAGAUCAUAUAGGAAUUCGAAUCUUGCAAUGUUUGUUGAUGAAGGCAGCCUUGAUUUUGGGUGUUCAGAUAUAUACAGGAGUAACAUUUGAAAAAAUGAUUGAGCCAACAUCAGAUUUGGGAUGGAGAUGUAAAGUCUCUCCUCCAUUUCAUCCUGCAAGUCAGCUUGACAUUGAUAUGGUUGUUGGGGCUGAUGGCAAAAGAAAUGUUCUUCCUAAUUUUAGACAGAUUGAAAUGAGAGGCAGUUUAGCAAUUGGUUUAACUCUCAACUUAAUCAAUCAUGGAACGAAAGAAGAGGCAGCCAUUCCUGAAGUUAGUGGACUUGCUUACCAUUUCAAGCCACAGUUUUUUGACGAACUUUACCGUAGGCAUGGCGUACGUUUGGAAAAUUUUGUCUAUUACAAAGGAGAAACACAUUAUUUUGUGAUGACUGCCGUGAAAAGAAGUUUGUUAGCAAAAGGUGCUUUAAUAAUGGACUACCCAAAACCAGAUGAUCUCCUCGCACCUCGUAAUGUCAACACUGAAAGACUUAUUGAAUAUGCUUUGGACGCUGUAAACUUUGGCACGGAAGGAAAGUUAACAAAUGUUGAGUUUGUCGUUAACGAUCGUAACGCGCCAGAUAUAGCUGUCUUUGAUUUCACAUCGCUGAAGAAAGCUGAACAUGCUGCGAGGAUAGUGGAGAGAAAAGGUCAUAGAUUAUUAAUGGCUUUAGUCGGCGACAGUUUGAUCGAGCCAUUUUGGCCGACAGGAUCUGGUUGUGCCAGGGGGGUUCUCUCGGCAUUGGACACUGCAUGGAUGUUGCGUUCUUUUGCUAUGGAUCGACCUCCACUUCAGAUACUCAGUGAACGAGAAAACGUCUACAAACUUCUCUCGGCGACAACUACGGAUAAUCUUAACAAGAAAUUUGACAGCUACACGAUCAAUCCCUUCACUCGUUAUCUUGAUCGAAAUAUGAAUAAAGUGAAAGAAGUUUAUCAUCUGUAUGAUACGGACGACCCUGUCAGUGCCGACUUUAGGCUUGCUUCAUCUAUCAUUGAGAACACUAAACGUCGCAUGAGCACUGGUAAAUUAAAGAAAAAACAAAGAAAAUCAAGUUCUGAUAACUUGGAGGAUAAGAAAGAAAAGACCAGACAACGAAAAUCAAGCUCUGAUCGUGCUCUAGAUGAUAACAAAAAAGCAGAAAAAACAAACCGCAAAAAGUCAGCGAAGAAGAAAUUAAAUCGAAGUAAAAGCCGCGACACGGACAGUGAAUUGACGGCCAGCGGUAUUCCAACAAAUAAGAAGGAUAAGUUGAAGAAGAUGGGCAGUCAAUCGUCGGAAUCAGGAGAUGAAAAAGAACUGCGUGGUGCGCGUCAAAGAAAACUGGACCGAGCUAAGUCACGUGACGCUAUCACCAGCCAAAUUAACAUGGAUACAAUCAAGGAAGGUAAAAAGGUUGCUCCAACUAGGAAUACGGAGAGGGAAGAAAAUCAAAACAACAGUGUCUUAAUGAAACAGCGAUCAACAACAAGAUGGAAUUUGUUCCGCGGGACUAAAACAAAACUUCAAUCGAGUUCGUCCACUGAAAAGGACGAAAAAUCCUAUCCUGAGAAAAAUAUGACGCGAAAGAAAAGUACCAAGAAGAUCACGUCGCGGACAACACAGGAAGUUACAACGGAUCGUAAACAUGUUAAUGAUAAGAUAACUAAACCAAGUGGAGGUAUUACAUUCAAUAAGACAACAGCAUCUCCUGAACUCAAGAAUCUUAGAAAGAUGCCUGUUGUUGAAAACAGCAACAACAGAGUAUUAAGAGAGCAGAUUGGUUCUGAGUCGUCAGCGAAACGAUCACCUUACUCAUUUCGUAAACCAACACAGGCUGUUAUGAACAAUGGCUCUGGUUCUUUUAAAACUGCAAACAAUGGUGUUGUUCCUCCAAGCUCGAUGGACAUUGAUGUUCCUAAAAUGCAACGAACAUCAACAUUAGACAAAGAAAGAAAGACGAGAGUUAAAGGAGAAGAACCUGGGAAGGAAAAAGAAAUCAAGCGAAUGAAGUUUGACACUACAACUCGAGAAAUUAACAAUCUCUCGCCAGCUGCAAUGAGAACAGAGCCAUUGUUGAAGACUUUGACACCAGACAGAGAGCGUUCAAAUUAUGGCAAAGGUGGAGCUGUUACUGCAGCUGCUGGUUUAGCUGCAAUGGUUGCAUUAACUACACCACUUGCUAUUGAUUCCCAGAACACGCGUUAUGGUUCACAACGUGAUAAGAUUCUUGCUAGCAGCAAAGUAAGCGUACAAGAAAAAAUAGCUCUUUUAAACUCAGCAAGUACCACAAAUAAACGCACAAGAAGAGAUUUGAGCAAGGAUUUGGACAGUGUGGAUGGAAAUCUGAAGCCUAUCAGAAGACACUUCACUUUCGCUACUGCACGAAACAAUGUCAAGAAAACCUUUGAUGGUACCUCAAAGAAGACAAACACCUUACCAAGGCAAGUAUUCUCUCGUCCGAGCAUUGAAGAAAUGACACCUUGGAAUCAUGGUGAUAUUCCUACAGCUCUCGAUCAUGCCAUAAAUAUUCUUACAAACUCAUACAACUUUGCCGAUUUGAAAGGAACUAUGAAGAUGAUGUUGAAUAUAUUCAGAUGUAUAUCAAAGGACCCAGAUGAUGAAACUCCUCGAAGAAUAUGGUCAGAAGGUCAAUUAUUUCGAUCGCUCGUUUGGAAUGUUAACGAAGCCAAAUUAUUUAUGAUCGUCAGCGGUUGGAUGGAGUUUCGUAGUUUUAUUGUGUUUCCUAAAACGAAGACUCCUCACGAGCCAAUUAGAAUUCUUAUGCAAAACUACAGAAAAUUAUGGGACGAGCAAGUUACUGAUUCGACAAUGACCCAAGCCGCUCACUUUUCGGAUAGUGUCGUAAAACGUCGACGUUUGAGCGAUAUAACUUUCCAGGAAAAAGUCGAGUUUGCCCAAGAGGACGCUGGUUCCAUAUCUGGCUCUGACUCUGGCAUGGGAUUCUCUGAAACUGCCUCUGAACAAAACGUUGCAGCCAUAUUACCACCAGACGAUGACGUAACACACGAGGUAAGUAAUUACGUCAAUAAUGCUGCAGGAAAACGUACAUCACAAAUCAUGAAUCCGAGUGCUUAUCUGGAUGCGUCAUAUCGUUUGGCGAAUGGUGGCAAAGCAUUAAAUCCUUCUCACUAUUUGGAUGAAUCAACUCAUGCCCAGGAUGUUAACAAAGGCCAAGGCAAUAAAUUUGAAGUAGAUAACUUUAGUGAAACAUUAUUAUUCAAAGAAGAUCAAAAUUUACCAAAAAAUCAACAAGAUGUAACGACGACUUCUCAUGAUCAUUUGAUUGGAAAUGUCCGACAACGUUUUGGGGAUGUUCUUGAUGAAACCAAUAUAAUCCCAGAAGUACCUGAAGAUACCACAAGUCUUCCUCCCUUAAAGGAAGAGAACGAGAUCACGGGGACUUUGGAGGAUCCUGUGAAGUCAAAUCCAGUUGUAUCCCAGUCUGAAUCAUCGGAGCAGGAUUCCAAAUCCUCUAGUGUUCCCAUGAAACAAUCCUCCAAUGAACAGAUCUCAACCAGAGGAUCAGGUCGGGAAAAUAACACGUUGAGAAAGCAACCCACUGAACUUGAUGAAUUGUUUGACACGUUAGAUUUCGUUGCCGACGUCCUGGAGCCACCACAAGUAAUUUACGAUCAUGAAUCGAAGAAAAAUAACAAGCAAUCCAAAAAGAAUCGUGCUUCGGUAAAGUCGAACGCAACAAGCCGUCGUCGUGAAGAGUUUGCACGAUCUAAAUCAAAGGGAAUGUCAACCGAGGAGUCAGUGGUUGAAACGAAAAGAAAAACACGAAAUCAAACCAAUAAAGAUAAGCAACUAUCCAGAGAUACUUCAGUUGAUAAGAACGGUCAUUUAGGUACAAGGAGGGAUUUAUCUCGAUCUGCAAAGUACUCAGAAUUUGGACAGACAAACUACGAAGAUUAUGAGAAAAAUAACCACACAGCAACUACAACUGAUACAAAACCUUUACGUAGAUCGCAAAGAAUUGCUAAAUCCUCUAGUAAUGGUAAAACCGUGUUAGACACUAGUGAUUAUCCUGACGAUUCUUCAACAGAUCUUAAUAAAGCCUUCGUUGAGUCUAAUAUAAAGGAACAAAGCAUUCAUAAUGAUAGCACUAGUCAUACUCAACGUAAGAAAAAGGUUCGCAGACAGUCGUCAAUUGUGAAAUCCAAUAAGUCACGUGUCCACACUAAACGUAAUGGCCACAAGCCUCGUAAGGAUCGUUCUGUCGACUUGUAAACGCACUAAAUAUUUUAGUAUUUUUUGAGACAAUGUGUUUUGUGGUUGUUUAAAUUUUUGUUGAUUUUUUAAGAACUGGGAGCCCUAUGAAAAUGCGAAAAGAUGAUUGGUGUAUAUAAAGAAUACAUUAAUUAUAAAUAUUUAUAAGUAAAAUACAUAGUGUACUGCUUUCCCAAGUGAUUUGUAAAUAUCAAUUUGAGAAAUGACAUGUCUUAAUCUUC